UAGAUGUGUGUGAUUAUUGACCGCUGAGGCGUCAGGAUGAGCGAGAGGAUGAGUGUGGAUGUUCCCGCGGGAUUGACGGAUCUCCUGAAGGGAUACACCCUGGAGGUUCUGAAGCAGAGGCCCGUGGACCUGCUGGAGUUCGCGGUUCAGCACUUCACCCGCCUGAAGGAGCGCAGGAGCUGCACGAUCCGGAGCAGAUCCCCGGUGACCCGCGGAGUGGCCUUCGACCAGGACUCUGCUCCCACCGACGAGGAGGAGGAACACGGAGAAGAGGAGGAGGAGGAACACGGAGAAGAGAAGGAGGAGGAGGAACACGGAGAAGAGGAGGAGGAGGAAGAUGACUUUCCAGAUGAUUUCACUUUCAAAGCUCCUCCUCCCAGUAAAUGCAACAGACGGGUAUCAGUGUGUGCGGAGGCUUAUAACCUUGAUGAAGACGAAGACGAGGCCGGCGAGUCGAAGGUGGUUCACUAUAAAACAGAGGCUCAGCGUCAGCGUCUGCAGGAGGCCUGCAGGGACAUACUACUGUUCAAAACACUGGAGCAGGAUCAGUUCGCUGAGGUGUUAGACAGCAUGUUUGAGGUGCUGGUCAAACCACACGACAGCAUCAUCAAUCAGGGGGACGAUGGCGAUAACUUCUACGUCAUCGAGAGGGGUGUGUUUGAUAUCCUGAUCCAGAAGGACGGCGUCAGCUGCUGUGUGGGUCGCUAUGAUAAUAAAGGCAGCUUCGGUGAACUCGCCCUCAUGUACAACACGCCGCGGGCCGCCACCAUCAGGGCCGCUCAGGAGGGGGCACUGUGGGCGCUGGACAGAGCCACGUUCCACAGACUCAUCGUGAGGAAUAAUGCCAAGAAGAGGAAAAUGUACGAGCACUUCAUCGAGAGCGUGCCGCUGCUCAAGUCCCUGCAGCUGUCCGAGCGCAUGAAGAUCGUCGACGUCCUGGGGAUGAAGAGCUUCAGAGACGGAGAGCUGAUCAUACGGCAGGGAGAUUCGGCCGACUGCUUCUACAUCGUGGAGUCUGGAGAAGUCAGGAUUAUGAUCAGGAGCAGAACUAGCGCAGGUCAGAGGUCAGAGCAGGAGCUGGAGGUGGCGCGCUGCACGCGGGGACAGUACUUCGGCGAGCUGGCGCUGGUCACCAAUAAACCGCGAGCGGCGUCAGUGUACGCGGCAGGAGAGACCAGGUGUUUAGUGAUCGACGUGCAGGCGUUCGAGCGUCUUCUGGGCUCCUGUAAGCAGAUCCUGAAGAGGAACAUCUGGCAGUACGAGCAGCAGCUGGAGGCCGUCUUCGGGUCCCGAGUCGACAACACACACUGAACACACACUCAACAC